ACGUUCUCGACAAGUGACCCAAAUAACGCAGAAAUUGUAAAUUUUUGCCGACUAACUUGGAAAUGAGGUAUCUUGUAAAGCUCGCUUACUAUUCUUGUGGCUAGAAAUAUUACAAACGCGGCAGCUUGGACUUGUUUUAACUAAAGCCACGGCCUCCCUGACCACUCAGGGGCCCCGGCGGAGAGGUCAUCCAGGUCACCCGAGGGUCCCCGGAGCAGCCACCGACCCCCGGGCGACGCCGGGGAAGGCGCGGCUGGCGAAGGCCAGGCCUGAAGGGACUAGCUGGCGCGCGCCAAAAGGGCGUGGUGACGUCAGGGCGGAAGCGCACGCUGCGUGAAGCGGCCCAGACCCCGGCGGUCACGGGAAUAUACGUCGCGUCGAAAACGCCGGUUAGUCUCGCUCCGGGUUCCGGCUGCGUUGGGUGUGCGUGCGGCUCUCUGAGACUAUGGCGUCCGGGCCUCACCCGACCGCUACCGUUGCUGCAGCCGCCUCGUCGGCUGCCCCGAGCGCGGGCGGCUCCAGCUCCGGGACGACGACCACGACGACGACUGCGACGGGAGGGAUCCUGAUCGGCGACCGCCUCUACUCGGAAGUUUCACUCACCAUCGACCACUCGCUGAUUCCGGAGGAGCGGCUGUCGCCCACCCCGUCCAUGCAGGACGGGCUCGACUUGCCCAGCGAGACGGACUUGCGCAUCCUGGGCUGCGAGCUCAUCCAGGCCGCGGGUAUUCUCCUCCGGCUACCGCAGGUGGCGAUGGCAACGGGGCAGGUGUUGUUUCACCGUUUUUUCUACUCCAAGUCUUUCGUCAAACACAGUUUCGAGAUUGUUGCCAUGGCUUGUAUUAAUCUUGCAUCAAAAAUUGAAGAAGCACCAAGAAGAAUAAGAGAUGUGAUUAAUGUAUUUCACCACCUUCGCCAGUUAAGAGGAAAAAGGACUCCAAGCCCCCUGAUUCUUGAUCAGAACUACAUUAACACCAAAAAUCAAGUUAUCAAGGCAGAGAGAAGGGUGCUAAAGGAGUUGGGAUUUUGUGUUCAUGUCAAGCAUCCCCAUAAGAUCAUUGUUAUGUAUUUACAAGUCUUAGAAUGUGAACGUAAUCAAACCCUGGUUCAAACUGCCUGGAAUUAUAUGAAUGACAGUCUUCGAACCAAUGUAUUUGUUCGAUUUCAACCAGAGACUAUAGCAUGUGCUUGCAUCUACCUUGCAGCUAGAGCACUUCAGAUUCCACUGCCAACUCGUCCCCACUGGUUUCUUCUUUUUGGUACUACAGAAGAAGAGAUCCAGGAAAUCUGCAUAGAAACACUCAGGCUUUAUACCAGAAAAAAGCCAAACUAUGAAUUGUUGGAAAAAGAAGUAGAGAAAAGAAAAGUAGCCCUACAAGAAGCCAAAUUAAAAGCAAAGGGAUUGAAUCCUGAUGGAACUCCAGCCCUUUCGACCCUUGGUGGAUUUUCUCCAGCUUCUAAACCAUCAUCACCAAGAGAAGUAAAAACUGAAGAGAAGUCACCAAUCUCUAUUAAUGUGAAGACAGUCAAAAAAGAACCUGAGGAUAGACAACAGGCUUCCAAAAGCCCUUAUAAUGGUGUAAGAAAAGACAGCAAGAGAAGUAGAAACAGCAGAAGUGCAAGUCGAUCAAGGUCAAGAACACGAUCACAUUCUAGAUCACAUACUCCGAGAAGACAUUAUAAUAAUAGGCGGAGUCGAUCUGGAACAUACAGCUCAAGAUCAAGAAGCAGGUCCCGCAGUCACAGUGAAAGCCCAAGAAGACAUCAUAAUCAUGGUUCUCCUCACCUUAAGGCCAAGCAUACCAGAGAUGAGUUAAAAAGCUCAAAUAGACAUGGUCAUAAAAGGAAAAAAUCUCGUUCUCGAUCUCAGAGCAAGUCUCGAGAUCACUCAGAUGCUGCCAAGAAACACAGGCAUGAAAGGGGACAUCAUAGGGACAGGCGCGAAAGAUCUCGCUCCUUUGAGAGGUCCCAUAAAGGCAAGCACCACGGCGGCAGCCGAUCAGGACAUGGCAGGCACAGGCGCUGACCUUCUUCCUUUAAGCCUGCAUCAGCUCUUGUUCUGCCUGUCUGCAGUGUGGUGUAUGGACUCAUCAUCAGAACAUUAAAAGCAAACUGAUUAGGAUUUGAUUUCUGAAAACCCUCUAGGUCUCUAGAACACUUGGGGAUAUUUCUUUUUGGAAAGAACUAUGUUAACUUUUUUUUUUUUGCACAUUAAAAUGCCCUAGCAGUAUCUAAUUGAAAACCAUGGUCAGGUUCAAUUGUGCUUAUUAUAGUUGUGUAUUGUUUAUUGCUAUAAGAACUGGAGAGUGAAUUCUGUAAAAAUGUAUCUUAUUUUUAUACAAAUCAAAUUGCAGACACUGUUCUAUUUAAGUGGUUAUUUGUUUAAAUGAUGGUGAAUACUUUCUUAACACUGGUUUGUCUGCAUGUGUAAAGAUUUUUACAAGGAAAUAAAAUACAAAUCUUGUUUUUCUAAA